AUGUCUCAAGCACCGAGUGAUCCCGACUCCGCAGGCGGAGGGGCUGAGCCCAUCGAGGAUCAGAGCGAUGCUCAGAGUGGCGAGUACGAGGUGGAGAAUUUCCUUUCCCACAACUACCUGCGCGGUCGCAAACAAUUUCUGGUGAAAUGGAAGGGUUAUCCGGCGGAUCAGGCCACCUGGGUUCCCAUGGAGGAUCUGAAGAACUGCCUUGCCACGCUGGCCGACUACGAAGAGGAGAUCCUCGUGAUGACCCUCCUGAAGGAGACCCACGAGGCGAAGUUGUUAGCGAAGAAGUUAAAGGAGCAGGAGGAGCGUUACCGCAGAUCCUUGACCGUUCCCACCUAUGUUAUGUUCAAAGGGAGGAAGUGUACGCCAGUUUUUUUCGAGCAGGAAGACUUCCUGGGGUUCCACCCCCUACCAACUAUAGAUCUCACCGGCGACGAUCCCAGAGAUCAUGAAAUGGAAGGUGCCUCCAUCAGCUCGGGGACCCACAGUGAUGAAUCUUCGCAGGAAGGAUCCACCAAACAGGUUUCACCAACUGUUGCGAUUGCUAGUGGUGGAAAGGACCAGGAGCAAGGGGUUCUAGAUGGCCAGGAAUACGGGGCAGCAUCGCUUCCUUCAUUGGAUGCUGGAGAAACUGAGCCGGUGACCAUUGCUUCACCAAUGGAGAUCGACGAAGAAGCCUCUGAUGAGGAAACCAAACAGGUUUCACCAACUGCUGCGAUUGCUAGUGGUGGAAAGAACCAGGAGCCGGAGAUUCUAGAUGGCCAGGAAUCCGGAGCAGCAUCGCUUCCUUCAUUGGAUGCUGAAGAAACUGAGUCGGUGACCAUUGCUACACCAAUGGAGCUCGACGAAGAAUCCUCCUCCGACGAAGAAUCCUCCUCCGACGAAGAUUCCUCCUCCGACGAAGAAUCCUCCUCCGACGAAGAAUCCUCCUCCGACGAAAAAUCCUCCUCCGACGAAGAAUCCUCUGAGGAGGAAGAAUCCUCUAAGGAGGAGGAGGCGGAAUCCAGCUCUUUUCUAACCGUGAGCCAGAUAAACACCCAGCUUAAACUGGACGAGCUGCUUGCCGACUUGGAGCGCACCAUCGGUGAGAACACACUUUACCCAGAAGAAAAGAAGGGACUUGGAUGGAAAAUGCCGCAGAUGACAAAACCCUGCGGCGUAGAACGCGGUCUGCAGUUGAAGAAGAUUCACCAUUGCUUCAAGGCUCGCGGGCAUCUCUUCUUUUGCGUCAAAUGGAAGGGAUGUCCCACCAUGGACUCGGUGACUCUGCCGUCCAUCAAGUAUUUGUACCCGAUGCACAUUAUCCAGUUCCUUGAGACACUGAAGCGUGGCUAA